AUGGCAGCACCAGGAAGCACGGCCAAUGGGAUGCUUGUGUUCAUGCCCCCAAACAGCGCUGGCAUCAUCCACCAAGGCCAGGGAGUCUCUCGUGCCAUUCCCCUAACUCCUGAGAUGGUGCAAUAUGGGCCCCAGCAGUUCACAGUCAUGAACCCUGGGAACCAACCUCUUGGGUCAAUGUACUCCGGGAGUCCCGCUGAACAGGUCGCGCAGCUAAGGAAAGUAGGGAUGAUGGAGAUAUUCCUCAAAGCCCAGCCCAAGACCCUGGGGGCCAUCCAGAUCUUGAUUGGGCUGAUACAUAUUGGCUUUGGAGGUGUCUCUACAAUUUUCAUCAAAUACAUUUCUGUCUCUGGCAUCGUGGGAUACCCGUUCUGGGGAGGAACUGUUUUCAUCUUUUCUGGAUCCCUCUCAGUUGCAGCUGAGAAUCGUGGCAACAUAUGUCUGGUGAGAAGCAGCCGGGGAAUGAACAGAACUAGUGCCUUCUCCUCAGCCAUUGGGAUCAUUCUCUUUCUAACGGAGCUGAUUAUUAAUGUGUCACAUUAUGAGCACAAGGAUGAGAAAUAUCAUUGGUUGAAUGCUGUGAAGGGUAUCACGAUCAUGCUGCUCUUGUUAUCCAUCCUGGAAUUCUCCAUCGCUGUCUCAACCUCGUACUUUGCCUCCCAAGCCAUCUGCUAUACACCCAACACAACCAUGUUGUUCAGGCCAUAUGCUGCCAAUGAAAACUUUGAGGUUCCCUCUGCACCAAUACCCCCUCCACCACCUUACACUAAUGAGGCUUAUGACCCCAAAGAAGAGACUGAGUAA